AUGAAGGUAUACAUUUGUGUCGGCGCGGUUGCCUUUUUGAGCGCUUGCCGAACACAGGCUCUUCGACUGAGCAGAAGUUUUCUGAGUCUCUCUGCCGAAGCUGAAUCAACCACUAGGUUGGCGGCACGCCGCGAAUCUCUGCAAGAUGCUCUGGAUGAAGAAUGUUCCCAGCAGGCGUCUGUUGCUUGUAGAAGUGGCCUACAGGAUUACUGCAAUGAGGCUGUGUUUGCAAGAUAUGACGGUAUUAAAGGCAGCCCUUCAUCAAAACAAUGGAGAUGCUAUACGGAAGGAGCGCUUGAUCUUGAGGCCGCGGGGCCAGGCUGUGUAAAUAGUUGUGGAGCGGCGACAAUGUGCCUUGGUGCAUUCAACAGCAGAUCAGUUGCAUAUUUGACCCGUAACAAUGAACUCACCAGCAUAUUGAAAUUACGCACACAAGAGUUCUGCAGCGCCCCAGCGCCAACGCUUCAGGAGGCAUUGGACAGGAAGUGCGCACAGUUCGGCAAGGAAUCUUGCAACAGUGGCCUUGCUUCAUACUGCGGUGCUGCCAUUUAUGCGCGUUACGAUAAAGGGAACAGCUCGCAGCAGACAAAGGAGUGGCGCUGUUACAUUGAGAAGGAACUGGAUUUCUCGAAGUCUGGUGAUGGCUGCGUGGACGAUUGCGGCAGUAUGACGUCAUGCCGCGGCAGUGUGAGUGGCCCCUCAACAUCACACCUCACUCGCCCAUCCGAACUUCAAGCGGUCAUUGACAGCGACAAAAGCAACUACUGCACUGAUAAGUCGGAGCAACAACCAUCACAAGCAACACCACCGCCAGAGAUACCUGAAGGGACACCUGAGGAGAGCGAAACGGAAGAUCCAAGUGGCUCGCAAGCCGUUCCAGAGGCGCUGCAGCAUGCUUUGGAUGCAUUUUGUGUGGAGGAAGGCGAAAAAGCGUGCAGCAAUGGGCUAAGAGCGUACUGCAACAGUGCAAUGUACGCACGUAAAGAUGUGGGAAACACGACACAGAAGACAAAGGAGUGGCGUUGCUAUGCAGCUAGCGAGAUAGACUUUGCAGUCUCCGCCGACGUCUGCGCGGACAACUGCGGAAACAUCACUUCUUGCAGUGGCGCUGUGAACGGCGUUUCAACUUCUCACCUCACUCGGAACCCUCAAAUCGAGGAACUGAUCAAGAUGGAGAAGGAGGUCUAUUGCAAUCCCGAAAUAGAGAAAGGUUCCGAGUCGACUGGAGCAGUGGACUCAAGUGAGUCUGAGGUGGUACCACCGCCAGAGAUACCUGAAGAGACGCCUGAGGAGAGCGAAACGGAAGAUCCAAGUGGCUCGCAAGCCGUUCCAGAGGCGCUGCAGCAUGCUUUGGAUGCAUUUUGUGUGGAGGAAGGCGAAAAGGCGUGCAGCAAUGGGCUAAAAGCGUACUGCAACAGUGCAAUGUACGCACGUAAAGAUGUGGGAAACACGACACAGAAGACAAAGGAGUGGCGUUGCUAUGCAGCUAGCGAGAUAGACUUUGCAGUCUCCGCCGACGUCUGCGCGGACAACUGCGGAAACAUCACUUCUUGCAGUGGCGCUGUGAACGGCGUUUCAACUUCUCACCUCACUCGGAACCCUCAAAUCGAGGAACUGAUCAAGAUGGAGAAGGAGGUCUAUUGCAAUCCCGAAAUAGAGAAAGGUUCCGAGUCGACUGGAGCAGUGGACUCAAGUGAGUCUGAGGUGGUACCACCGCCAGAGAUACCUGAAGAGACGCCUGAGGAGAGCGAAACGGAAGAUCCAAGUGGCUCGCAAGCCGUUCCAGAGGCGCUGCAGCAUGCUUUGGAUGCAUUUUGUGUGGAGGAAGGCGAAAAAGCGUGCAGCAAUGGGCUAAAAGCGUACUGCAACAGUGCAAUGUACGCACGUAAAGAUGUGGGAAACACGACACAGAAGACAAAGGAGUGGCGUUGCUAUGCAGCUAGCGAGAUAGACUUUGCAGUCUCCGCCGACGUCUGCGCGGACAACUGCGGAAACAUCACCUCUUGCAAUGGCGCUGUGAACGGCGUUUCAACUUCCCACCUCACUCGGAACCCUCAAAUCGAGGAACUGAUCAAGAAGGAGGAGGAGGUCUACUGCAAUCAAAUGGGAGCGUCAGACGAUCGUGCGGAAAGACCGCCGGAGUUGGGGACCCUGCCGUCUCCUGGUUCGCAGAAUCCCCAAUCAGGCGCUGAAGUGCUUGGGGGUGAUUGUCUGCAACGUGUUUUGGACGCACGCUGCAUAGUGGCGUUUGCCCAGUUAUGCAUUACUGACAACAGUAUGUGCGACGUUGCAGUGGCACGAAAGGUUGGCACCAGCUGGGACUGUUACCCACAAAGUGCGCUGGAUCUGAGUCGGUCAGGUGAAGGCUGUGUAGAUGCCUGCGGCAACGUUGUUCUUUGCCGUGGCACCCCGACGGGUACAGCACCCAGCGGCGCCGAAGACGUGGGGUUAGAUAAGCUUAUGAAAGAGUUGAAGGAAGCUACAUGCAAAAUGGGGGAGAGGGCCACAUUGUAG